CAAUUGAAAUCUUGUGUUGUGUCGGGGCAUACAUAACCCCAUGUGUCAUUGAUGACUUCGCCGACAACUUGUUGUUUUGAAUUUUUCAAGGCAUUCAUGCAUAGCUAACUAACAAUUCAUGUGUAACGCAUGCAUCUGACCUCUUCGAGACCGCGUCAAGUUUAUGUAAAUGCGCGUUUUCCUGAGCUGAUUCUCGACCUCUUCGACAACUCCCAUUGAUGAACAUCGUGGCGCCUCUUAAAAUCUCGUAGCUUAGGCAAAGGAGCUCGAAAAAUUCUCGGCCGUUCAACAUGGGGUCGUGCAUGAGUAUGAUUUGUCAGUGUCACUUCUGUAGGUGCUGCGAAUGUGGUCCCUGUUGCUUUUGUUGUCGUUGUUGCAAGCGUUGGUUUGGCGACUGGUGGAUGUGUAGCGACUGCUGUGAUGAGUUUACCGACGAAGAAUACUCUCCGGUUAAUCCGAAGAAGUCCGCGGAGAACGCAGCGCCGCCGGACGAUGGGGAAGGCAUGUACAAGUACUCCAACGGAGACGUGUACGUUGGCGAGUGGAGAAGAGGCAAGAGGCAUGGCUACGGUGAACUUGUAAAGAAGGACGGAACACAGGUUGUUGGAUUCUUCUACGAUGACGACUAUGUCGGAGAAAAACCAGACGAUAGACUGAAGAGGAGUCCAGUGACGUCACGCCCAUUUAAUAAAAGUCAAGGUGUCGAUGACGAUGGCGCCGGACUGAGAAAAGCAGACCAAGAAGCGAUUGAUUUGGCAUGGAGGGAAGAGAAACAGCGGAUCAACUCAGAUGCAAACGGCAGUCAAUCUUAUUCCUCCAUUAAAAACGACCACGAAUAGUAUUUAUGUCUACCACCCUCCCCUCCCCUCUUCAUUCCAUUUUGAUGUUAAAUUUAGGAGCCGAGCAUAAGUACUCGUGCAAAUAUGAAAGACGUGAAAAUUUCGGUUCUUUCCCAUUGAAGAUUUCAUUCUAAACAGUUAAAGUGCUAAAAAAGGAAAUUAUGUGAACGAAGUUAAUUCUCAGGGUUUUUUUUUUAUCGUCGCCCAAUGUUGCUCUAAGAAAUUUUGUAACUGAACUGACGUAGUUUUUCAGUAACUUAGAAACGCCCUGUAACUUAUGUGCAUUGUUUGUAAUAGUUGGCGCCAUGUUUAAGGGGUUAGACUUCUGUUCUAUGGCUCUAACCAUGGUGACGGUUUUAACUCGAAAGAAUUGAUGAAGAAGCGGGUAUUGGCUCUCUUUCAUUGCGCUCUCUUUAGCAGACAAACCCUAAAGCUUACUGAUCAAAAAUUAAUGACUGGGCCUACGGUUCGAUCAGUCUGUAGGUCAGCGACCUCACUAAAUAGUACAUAAACACAGGUGUAACGAAAAAAUUCCUUCGAGCGUGUUAAAGGAGCUCGGUCACGGUUUGCACAUUUUGAAAAGUUUAGCCUAAAUUUUUUAAAUUCGUCGUUUGCAAUCCG